AUGGAGGGGCAGCGCCCAGGAGAGGCGGCGCCCCACGAUGACAGCGGGAAUGAGGUGAGAGAGGCGGACAGCUCGCCGUCAAUUGGCGCUUGCCGGGCGACGGAGCCACCAAAAAAGCGCUCGAGCGAGCUUCGCGGGCGAGGUGUUUGCAAUGGCGGUGACGACACUUGUCUUGGUCUGCGCCGUUAUCGUUCGCAUCGGUCCGUCGCUCGCCCUUACAGCACGCAGGCAGUGGUGGUUGCUGCGUGGAUGCGCCGCUUCGCCAGUCGGGCAGACUCGUCGUGGUGGGGCUUCUUGUGCCGUGAGGGAGGUGCAAAGAGGGGCUCAACAACUUACAGGAUUGAUGAGGUCAGGUCGCGAUGGUCGAGUGGGACGCAGGGGUUCGCAGCAAAGCGGGUGUUGUGUGUGCGCUGGGAUGCAGAGCAAGGAUGA